UGCCACAUGGGCGGCUCUGUGGCGGGGUCGCAGUGAACAGUCUGUCCGCGACUCUGCUGCUGAGCUUCGUCUCCGAGGUCGCCCUCCGCUAAGAUGACCACGGUAAUGAGAUGUUGUCAUUGGGCCGUGUACGCGCUGUGUCUCCCCUUUCACCUGCUGCAUGCUGCCGGUCUGUGGGCCCUGUACAAGCGCGUCUUCCCGUUCUGCGUUCACCGGAUCUCUCUGACCUACAACAAGAAAAUGCACGACACCAAGAAGCAGCUGUUCCGCAGCCUGCCGGAGUUCCGCGCCCCCGACCGGCCGCUCACCAUCCUGGAGAUCGGCUGCGGCACCGGGACUAACUUUGAGUUCUACCCAGCCGGCAGCAGAGUGAUCUGCACCGACCCCAACCCGCACUUCCAGAAGUACCUGAAGGAAAACAUGGGCGCCAACGGACACCUCACGUACGACAGGUUCGUGGUGGCCUCGGGGGAGGACAUGGGGUCAAUCGAGGACGGGUCGGUGGACGUGGUUGUCUGCACCCUGGUGCUGUGCUCUGUCACCAGCAUACAGCAAACACUGCGGGAGACCCAGCGCAUCCUGAGGACUGGUGGAGCCUUCUUUUUCUUGGAGCAUGUCGUUGCAGACCCCUCGACCUGGACACACUUCCUCCAGCACGUCUUUCAGCCUUUGUUGUGUUACCUAUUUGACGGAUGCAACGUCAACCGUACGACGUGGAAACUUCUGGAGGCGGCUGAAUUCUCUGAGCUCAAACUCAGACACAUGGAAGCUCCCCUCGUCUUUGUAAUCAAACCGCACAUCGUAGGCUAUGCUGUGAAAUAGAUUCUGUCUCUCAUGAUCACCGUAUUAAUAUGCCAAGCCUAUAAUGCCUGUCCUCAACUAUAGUGUGUGAUAUCAUUGAUCCCCAUCGACAGAGAGAAUGGCAGUCAAUUUGACUCGUUCUAUUUUUGCACUAAAAGUUGCACUGAAUUGAUUAUUUGUUUGAAGUCUAACAAACCAAUUUCACCCAAACUUGGAGGAGGAAUGGAACACAUGCCAAUGUUCAACUUUUUCAUUUGAGGGAAAGUUAUGAUUUGCACUAGAACAGAGUGCGCUGUUGUGUUGCUAUGUUAUAGUGUUAUCUGUUAAGAGAGCCUUUUAGUCGGGAGCUAAUAUUAGAAGUGAAAGUUCAGGCGAGGAAGUUACUCUUUGACUUUUGGAUAUGAGUAUUGCAGGAACUUUUUUAGAUUAUGCUAACUAGGCCAAGAUAUAAGUGAGGAAACAUUCUGCUUAAGAGUCGAAGGCCACUUAAACCUGUGCCAGAUGCAUGUUUAUUUUCCAUGAUCAUUUAAAAAAGAUCUUAAAAAGCAUUCUCAUCUGACCUCACCUGGGGGUUCAGAACUUUUUCCUGAAUUAGUGAAGAGAAGUAUUUGACCUCACAAACAUAUAAUGUUUGUGUACAUAAAAACCAGACUCAUCCAGAGGGCUGACAUGUAUGAGUGUAAAUAAUUUGGUGCGGCUCUAAAUAGAAAUCUGAAUUUAGCAGAUUAUAUCAUUUUGUAUGGGGGGGUUUCAGCCAUACAACACAAUGUUAAGUGUAUUACUUUCGAGCAGAUUCACAUCCAGAGUAACAUAUGCUAUGUUUCUAUGUUUUAUGACAAAAAUAUAAUUUUGAAUAUCAGAGCAUUUUCUUUCAAUCUUAAUUUCUACUUUAAGAAAUAGACAAUCGUCUGUAGGCUUGUUUGGCCUUGUUAGUGAUAUGCAGAGACAUGAUUUGAAGGUACUGAAUUACAUAGCUCACAAUACUAAUUUUUGUAUGCAAUUUGUGUAGGUAAGAAAAUAUAUACCUUGAAAUAUAUCUCUUUUGAUCUUCUAUGCUCAUCAUGCCUCAUCUCUGCUGCCUCUGUGAAAUUCUCUCUGUCAGUGUUUAUCUCUGCUACUGCUGGAUUUACUGCCUUAAUGGUGUGAUAAUGGUGCCUCUGAUAUAUAUCCAUUUUGUUGUGACUAAAGUGGUUGUCGUGUCAUAAUGUCCCAGAUUAAAGAUUUUAAGCCGGA